AUGGGGGAAGAAAUGAAGUAUGAGAUAUGCCAUGCAUUAUUUGGUCCAGCUGGUGCAAACAAUGACAUCAAUGUACUAGACCAAUCGUCGGUAUUCAACGAUAUCUACCUUGGAAAGUCACACGAUGUACCUUUUCAAGCAAAUGGGGUAGCAUAUAAGCGUGAAUACUAUCUUACUGACGGUAUAUAUCCUCCCUUGUCUGUUUUUGUGAAAUCAUUUACAUGUCCUAACGACCCGAAAAGGAAAAAGUUUAAAGAGGCGCAAGAGUCAGCUAGGAAGGAUGUGGAGCGAGCAUUUGGUGUACGUAAGAGACGUUGGCAAGUACUAACGGUCGGAGCAAGGUCAUAUGAGGUGAAAAGGUUACAACACGUAAUGUAUGCAUGUAUCAUAUUACAUAAUAUGAUUCUUGAAGACGAAGGAAGAGCGAUAUGCCGAUACAACGAAAAUGAAGUUUUGCCAAAUGUCGAAGGAGAAGUCGUUGGUACACAAGAGUAUAGGGUGAAUAGAAGAGAAGUACACAAUCGCGACAUUCAUCAGGCCCUUCGUGCUGAUUUGGUGGAGCACAUUUAUAGGGCUCAUAUUCAGCCCCCGCACGAGUUAUCUCACGAUGAUUUGUUUGACGAAUCAGACGAGAAUUAUGAUAUGUUCGUCGAGAGUGAAAAUUUCGACGACGAGAGUGACGUUGGGGAGAAUGAUGCAGACGAUCAAGGCGAUGACGAAGAUGAUGAUUCCGAGUGA